GAAAGAAGCAUACUCCAAGUUCGUGCGGUAGAAGUAGAAAUUGUGGUUUAAUAAUAAUAAUAAUCUGUUAAAAGAAAAUAACCGAUAUAAUUGGCAAUGGUUAUCUUUUUGUCAAUAAUUAAAUAGAUAGAGGCAUAGCUAAAGGGAAGAAGCAACUCCCACUCGUGAUUUUGGUCUUCGUUUGCAGUUUUGCACAAAUCUGAUGUGAUUGAAUUGUCGAAGAGCUAAAAAUCUGGCCCAUUUUGUGAUUCUCCAUAGUUGCGAGCUUGCGAAGGCGUCACUGCAGCUCUCUCUCUCUCUCUCAGACAUUAGAAUUCAAGUUUUGUUGCUACCACUCUGAUUCAUGCAACUAAAGCGAUUGAUGGGUAUAUCUCAACUCUUUUAGUUCAUUCAAUAAGAGUAGUCUGCUUCAGAUAUUUCCUCUCACAACAAUCAACUUGUAUAUAUACUCUUGCUUCUUCUCUCUCUCUUUCUCUCAAUUCUGCAAGCAGUCUCACACACAACACCAGUAAACACAUCCCAACCACCGUUUCCUUGUAUGGCUAAAACCGUCAAUAAUUGUUUACCAAUAUCUUACCGAGCAUAUCCCUCCCUAUUGUAUGUCCUUUUCCAUCCACAAAUUUCUGAAAUAUCUAUGUGCUUUUUUUAGUAUUAUCAAGACCUCGUCCUUUGUAUUUUCUCCAUGGUUAUUAUGUUUCUUGCUGCUUAUGGGUUGAAACUUGAAACUUAAAACCCUGAAUUUUAGCUGCUGUUAAUUGAGCUUCUGGGAAGCUGAUAGCGACACAUGGGAUUGGGAUUGGGAUUGGGGUUGAGUUUUGGGCAUAAAGAUUCAAUCUUUGAGGGGAAGUUGCUGUAUUUGAUAUGGAAUCACAAUUGGGAUUGGGUGAGAAGUCAUUUGAUUUGAGAUACUCAGUGUGGGUGAGGGAAGCUCUGAAUGAAUUUCCUGAUUGUUUCACCAUAACCGAUCCUUGUGUUCCUGGGCACCCUAUUGUGUUUGCUUCAAAGGGAUUCUUGAAAAUGGUUGGUUAUUCCAGAGAGGAGGUGGUUGGGAGGAACGGGAGGAUGUUCCAGGGUCCGGAGACGGAUAGGAGGUCGGUUAUGGCGAUUCGCGAGGCGAUUAGGGAGGAGAGGGCUGUGCAGAUCACUUUGUUGAAUUAUAGGAAGGAUGGCACCCCGUUUUGGAUGUUGUUCCAAAUGUGUCCUGUUUUCAGUAAGGAGGAUGAUAGGGUCAUUAAUUUUGUGGGGGUUCAGGUGCCUCUCUCCAGGAGGCCGAGCUUAUCUGGACUCCGCCUGAGGAGUGACACGAGUUCGUCUGAGGAUACUGUUUUCAGGUGUUGUAGGAGGGAAGUUUGUUCGGAUUCUAUCUUGGAACGUGGACGUGCAUCCUCCGUGGAGUCGGUUUCUAGCCUUGAUGAUCAAGAAGAUGGGAUUAACGAGCCUUGUGAAGCAAAUGAGCUAGAGAAGACAAAGGCCGGUGCUGCAAUUAACAACAUUUUGUCUGUUCUCACACACUACAGCGAGUAUACAGGCAAAUUGGUCAGCGGAAAAAGAUGUUGCCCGACAGGGAACGCACGGCUAGUUUCAUCCUUAAAUAUAUCUCUCGGUAGAAUCAAACAAAGCUUUGUAUUAACGGAUGCGCUCUUACCUGACUUGCCUAUAGUGUAUGCAAGUGAGGCAUUCCUGAAACUGACAGGCUAUGCUAGGCAUGAAGUACUGGGGCGAAAUUGCCGGUUCUUGAGUGGGGCUCAUACAGACCCAACCACACAAUUUGAGAUAAAGGAAUGCAUUCGUGACCAGCAAGCUUGUACAGUACGUAUCCUAAACUACAGAAAAGAUAGGACAUCUUUUUGGAAUUUUCUUCACAUUUCUCCAGUGCGGAACGCAUCGGGAAAGGUAGCAUUCUUUGUCGGGAUUCAGAUAGACGAUCGUUGCAGGAAUGACGAGAGACAUGGGUUGAGCCCGGAGAUGAGACAAUUAAGCGUCGUUGGUGCCGUCAAAGUUGCUGUGAGGGGCUUGUCAAUGGGCGCCAGUACAUCGUAGGUGGAGAAGAACAUCUCAUCUCAUCUCGUCUCAUUCCUGCAGCAACGGAUGCACACGGAAUUAGGUUUUCACCAACACUAUGUAUCUAUUCGUUUGUGGAUCAACGUUGACAAUAUUGGAAUCGUCAUAUGCGAUCACUUAAAUGUGAUAUAUUGAAAUAGUGUGUUUGCAUUGUUUCUA